AAAUGUGUAGUAAGGUGUAUCGAACGAAGGAGAGCAUAAAGAAAUUUUACGAGAAUAAGAAACGAGACACACGGAAAGCAGCAGCUGCAGAUCGUGCGGAAAAAUUCAAAACCGGUGGAGGACAGAUUGAAGAUACUUUAAAAUUCUCUGAUCCUACCCUGGAGUUAACCAUGGCCAUCAUGAAUAAAAAGUCUGUGAGUGGAUUACAUAAUCCAUUUGAUGAUGAUUUAAGCGAAGAAAAUGUUAAUGUUGGAGAUGCCCUUAACCUUAACAAUGAUGAACUACUAUUUGUAUUUGAAGAGGAUAAAGAAAUGGCAGAACAAAGCCCACCAUCAACCCCAAAUGAAACUCCUGUUUCAUCAACACGAAAAAGAAUUCAUGAAAAAGACGACUGGGCAUCUUAUAAAGCUGUAGAUUUAAAGAAGCAAACGAGUUGUAAAUUACGGCAGCCAAAAGCAAAUUGGACAUCUCGUCGUAGACCUGUGGUCACGGAAUCUGGUAACCUGGCACUUCAAUAUGAAAAAUUGGCUGAAGUGAAAGCAGAAAUUGCCAAUGAGCAGUUGACUUCCAUAAAGGAAGAAAAAACUGAACGAGGUUUGAAAUUGGAAAUUUUGAAAUUGGAAAAGGAACAGAAAUUGUUAAAAUUUAAGCAACUUAAAGAAGAAAUAGAAUUGAAAAACCAAUCAUUUCAACUUGAUAUCCAAUCUAAACAGUUGGACAUUGAAAUUAAAAAGCUUCAGCUGGAGUAUUUUUCAAAAAAAGCAACUUAAAAUUAUCAUACCAAUAUAAAAAUAGCAUGAUUAAGGUAUAUGUAUUUUUUUUAAUGUUCCCAUUAAUAAUGUUAGGUUUGUUGCA